UUCCAUAGUUCCAUAUAUAGUUCUGUACAAAGAAAAAAAGGCAACAUUAACCAUCAACCGUCAAUGGCUCAUCAUGGUAUUUCCGGUCUAGUUGGGAAGCUUGUAAUUGGAUUGGAGGUCAAUUGCGAUGCUGAUAAAUAUUAUCAAAUUUUUAAGCACCCAGAAGAUGUACAAAAGGCAGUUCCUCAUCAUUACGAUAGCAUCAAAGUUAUUAAUGGAGAUGCAAAGAGUUCCGGCUGUAUCAAGGAAUGGAACUUCAUUCAUGAGGGUAAAACGUUUCAUACAGUAGAGGAAACAACACAUAAUGAUGAAACAAGAACGUUACAUCACCGUAUAUUUGAAGGAGACUUGAUGAAGGAUUACAAGAAGUUUGAUUUGAUAAUCGAAGCCAAUCCAAAGCCUACUGGAAAUGGAUGCGUUGUUACAUGGACUAUUGAGUAUGAGAAAAUCAACCAAGAUUCUCCAGCUCCCAUUGCUUAUCUACCUUUCUGCAAUCAGGUCAUCGAAGACAUGAACAAGCACCUAUGCGACUCUGAAUGAAUGAUAGAAACUGUAUCUCUGUGUGUCAUUGGCUAAUGGUUGUGUGUGUUAUCUACAUUUUCAAGUCAGUGUUCUUGUAGUAGCGGAAAAUCCCACUUCCACACCCCUUAAGUAAUCUAUAGAAUAAGCUAGGAAAUCAUAAUGAAGAACACUUAAAAGGAUUUUAUUAAGUUUAUAAAUCAAUAUAAAGAUAUGAGAUGAAACCCUAA